UACUCCGUGUCACGACACCCACAUGCGUGGACGUGUUUACUAGUAAAAAGAGCCGAACAAGGUGGAGCUGGACGUGUGUGUGUGUGUGUCAUAGAGUGUCAGUUUUUGUCAGCACCUACUCGAAUGGCAAGAAUUAAAAGCUUAAUUUCUUCUGAAGAACGUCAGUGGAUUUGGUUUGGAUUUGUGGUGCAGUUGCUGGCCGGAUAAAGCUUUCGUGCGGAGGAAAUACUCCGGUGAAUAGAGUGUGUAAUCUAGCUGAGGGAACAGACACUGAAGACCUGCUGAUUGAUCCUGGAGAUUAAAUUGGUGAUGAAUGAUUAGCACAUCAGUGGAAAAGAUGACAUGACGACGCUGACUUCCUGUGGGCCGUGGAAGCGGCUCUUGAGCUCGUAUUGGACAGACGCAGAAGGAAACGGCAGCACUGAGCUGAGCGCUCUCAGAUAGUGCGCCUGAGCCACCUCAUCCUCGUCCUCAUUCACCUGCAGACAGAAUGGCAUCUACACAGCAGAGCUUCCUCACCGGUUCCCUCUUCAUCAUCAUCUUCAUCAGUAGCAGCAGAUGUCACGCUCACGCUGUCCCCCGUGUCACCUUUCCUCUAGAGAGCCCCGGUCGGCCUUUUACCGUCUUCACUCUUCCUGGUGUUUAUAACGCCACCACACUCCUACUGAGCGACGAUGAGGAGACGCUGUUCGUGGGAGCGAGAGACGCCGUCCUGUCCCUCAACAUCACCAACGCAGGACACCUGCAGCUCAGCAAGAAGAUCGACUGGUCUCCCACAAACGAAGAGCUGGGAGCCUGUGGAAUGAAGGGCACUCCUGAGAUGGAUUGUCCGAACUUUGUGCGAGUGCUGCAGGUUCUGAACUCUACACACAUGUUCGCGUGUGGAACCUUUGCCUUCAGUCCUCGCUGCAGCUUCAUCGACUCUGAGGAGUUCACUCUGCUCGUGAAUCCCAGCGGUAAACCAGAGGAGGGUCGAGGUCGCUGCCCUUACAACCCCUACCACAAAAACACAGCCAUCACUGUGGGUGGAGAACUUUACACCGCCACAGUGGCUGACUACAGAGGGAAUCGUCCAGUCAUCUCUCGUCACCUGAGUGAAGGUGACCGUGUGGAUAUGAAGCUGGAUGAUACCCCGGGAUGGCUAGAAGAUCCCACCUUCAUCAGCUCCACUUACAUCCCGAGUGAGGAAAAGGUUUAUUUCUUCUUCAGUGAGAUGGGUCGUGAGUACGACUUUGUUGACAAGUUCACCGUCUCUCGCAUCGCUCAGGUUUGCACGAGCGAUGUAGGUGGACAGCGGACUCUGCAGCGGCGAUGGACCACCUUCGCUAAAGCUCAGCUCCUGUGUCAGGCCAAAGGCGAGCUGCCCUAUAACGUCCUGCAGGACAUGACCACGCUGCAGUCUGCAGAGGGCGCCAGCAAGGAGGACACGCUCUUCUACGGCAUCUUCAGCUCGCAGUGGUCCGUGAACUCCGGUCGCUCUGCGGUGUGUGUGUUCAGCCUCCGGGAAGUUAAAACUGUGUUCUCCGGAAACUACAAGGUGCUGAACAGAGACACGCUGAAAUGGAGCAGGAGAACAGGAGAACAUGAGAAGAUCGCUAAUCCUGGAGAGUGCGGUCUCCAUAACGCCACGGAUAACGUUCUCCGCUUCGUCAAGGAGAACUUCCUGGCUGAUAAGAACGUGGCUCCAGCCAAUCAGGGGCUGGCUUUAGUGUCACCUGAGCAGCGCUACAGCAACAUCGCAGCUCAGAGAGUAAAGGGCGCUAACGGGAAGGAAUACACAGUCCUGUACCUGCUUACAGAAAGCGGCUACCUGCACAAAGCCGUGCUGCUGAAGGACGGAGCUCACAUCAUCGAGGAGAUCCAGGUGUUGAAGCAGCCUCACCAGGUCAAGAACCUCCUGCUGUCCGCCUCAAAGGGUACAGUGUUUGUGGGUUCCUCUGAGGGCGUGGCCUCUGUUCCAGUCUCAAGCUGCUCUCACUACUGGAGCUGUGCAGAGUGUGUGUUAGCCAGAGACCCGUUCUGUGCCUGGGACUUCACACAGCGAGUGUGUGCUCACGUCUCCUCUAUCAAACACCAGCCGGUUCAGGAUGUAGAUGGAGGAAAUGCCUUGAAUGUGUGCAAGACCUUCACUACACUCCUUCCCCGAGGACGCUCGCUCCUGCCAGGCACUCCCAGCGUACAGGUUCCGGUGUUUCUGAAGGAGGUGGUGCGUCUCCACUGCCCUGUGUCGUCUCGGCUGGCGUCGCUGCACUGGGAGCGUCACAGAGGCGAACUCUCCCCAAACAUCUACAUCCAGGAGGACGGCAUCCUCAGCUUCCUGGCCACGCCCACAACGCUGGGCUCCUACGAGUGUCAGGCCACCGAGAACGGCUUCACCCAGACGCUGGCCGUUUACGAGGUCAGACAGAAGCAAGACUCCACCCACCAGCCCUCGGCCACUCCCACCACCCUCAGCCCUGAGAACGGAAGACAAGCAACGUCACCUCCGACGAAGCCCGAGACCACGCCCGGCCCUAAAGACGAGAAACCCAUGACGCAGAAGUCGACCACGAGCACGGCGACGAGCACCGUCAUCCCGAGCUCCGUCCACGUCCCGGAGGACGGCUCCACCAACAUGUUUCAGCGGGAGAGCAGCACCAGCUAUCUGAAGGAGCUGGUGGCUGUCUCGGUGCUCCUGGUCAUAUGUAUUUGCGCGUUGCUCAUGGUGGCGGCGUACAAUCUGAGGAAGAGCUAUCGCAGCCGGACGGUGCCGCAUUUACCCUCGUCACACCAAGACACAGAGGGAGGCACGGAGCAGGAGAGAGAGGCGCUGAGGGAAAAUUCACCUCAACCGGAUAAACACCAUGGGCAGAAAUCUCCAAACACCCCUAGCAACGGCGUAUCCAACGGCUCUAACGGCCACCUCCCCAACAUCCCCAUCUGAACACCGGACAUGACGCCUUCACUGAGAGCGAAUCCUGGGGUCAUACCAUUUGUAUAGCCUUUUAAUGUCACCUGCUUCUGAGCCAGUUACAGAGCUAAUACCAUCUUCUGUCCUGUUUAUUAACCGUAACGAUGCUUUCAGCUCACGGGCUGGAGGUGGAGUCGUGUGAAAAAUGUGGGCGGGGUUUCGAACAAAACGCGCUAGAGGAAAUUGUUCACCCUUAAAGAUCGCCGCAGCCGUCUGUAAUGCUUUUGAUCUAAUAGAUUAACGUCGCCAUGGUAACUGUAAGAUGAUCAAACUUUAACAAACUGUUUGUUUUUUUGUUUUUGUCUUGACGAAAGGAAAGCGUUGCUCUGGUGAUGCUUUCUGUAAGAUGAUUGUUGAAGACUCGAGUCAUGUGAACGUUCUGAGUAAUGUGAGAGAGAAGAGAGAGGCUGGUGAAGGAACGAGCGUUUAUAGCUGCUAGAAUGUGAUCUAUAACAGAAACUAUCUUGUUUUUUUCUCCAGAUGCAGUAAAGGUGAUUACGGUAUAAACGGAUAAAUAAUAAGUCUUGAGCCACAUCGCAGCAUGGAGUUUAGUCGUUACUGCACUUCCUGUGGUGGGGAACCCUGGGGUUUUUUUUUUUUCUUAUCGGUUCAGGAAUGUUAUGUUUGGAAAGGUUGCUUUCGCCGGAAAGUUUAAACGGUGUUUGUUUAAAGUUUCUUCUCCUUCCAAAAAAGCUCUGACACCCUAAACACCGAAACGAACCAUCUCAAAGAUCCCGGUCGCACCGGAUGAGUAAAAUUCCGGAAAAUUCAUGGAAAAUGUUUAUUUAAGUAAAUUAUUAGGUUUGGGUUUAAGUCAGGUCACUGGUGGCUCAGUGGUAGGUUUCUCAAUCUACCAUGUGGAAAGCCCGGGUUCGAUUCCCAGCCAAUGCCCAAACCCCAGCCACUGGAUGCAGUGCCGGUCCCAAGCCCGGAUAAAAAUGGGGGGGGGCAUCUGGCUGGUCCGCUGUGGCAACCCCUAGGGAUAGGGAACCCUUAGGGAGCAGCCGAAAGAUCAACAAGUUUCGAGUUUAAACGCUGACUUGCUCAGAGCUUCCAGUAAUUUCCCCCAAAUGAUCUGAACUCUUUCCGAAAUGUUUUUAAAGACCGUUUCGUAGCACGUUUCAGGAGAAUCGUUUCUUGACAUCAGCUCGAUCUAUGCUCCUGAUUAACGCUGAACAUACGUAACCGACCUGCACUUUGUUACGCCGCGCUCGAGUAACUCUGUGAAAAGGACGCUCAUGCGGCACAACCCAAGUCGAUCUCGAUCCGAGAACACGACGCCGUGACACGUAACGGAGCCGCACUUCUUCCUGUGAACAUUUCUCUACUCUGUAAAACGUGGCACAUAGCGCUUUUGGUUUUAUUUUUUAGACAUUGUGAAUAUAUCUCCAGGUACGAAGCCACUUUAACUCGUAAAAAACAUCUCGAAUCAGACUGACGAAGGUUCGGCGUCGCUUCUAGGAUUCACGGAAAAAACAUCUGAUCUUUAUCUACUGCAGUAUUUUUUUUUUUUUAUUUUAAUUUUAUUUUUUACUAAGCUGUUAAUAAACCUGUAACUUCUAGACAAAGUGCUUUAUUUUUGAUGUAAAGUGACUGCAGGUUCCUGUGCUGGAUUAUGAUUUCUUGCAGUAUUCUUUCUCAUUCUGUCUUUAUACAGCAGUGUGUCAUUAAUAUUGGGACACCAGCAGCAAAUUUGCUUUUUUUUUUUUUUUUUUUUUUUUUGUUCUUUCUGGUCUGAUUUAAGAAGCUAAUUAAAUAUCAUGCUGCUGUUAGCACUUCGGGAGCUAACCUCGAGGUAAAUAUUCGACACCGCUCGUCAUGCGGUGCAACUCAACGUCUGAACGUCGGGAAGCUUGUGGCAAGUGAGAUUUAAUGGUUUAACGGUGAGAUUAACCUGCACCUUUUUGUUUUUGUUUUUUUUUAAAAGAAAAAUAAAUAAAUUAAAUACUUGAGCUGUAAGGGAAUUUAUAAAGUAAGAGAUUCAGGGCUGGAAUCAUUUUGGUACGUGAGGAAAAUGAGUGUUUUUUUAAAAAUAAAGGUACUGAAUGUUUUUGCAGCUGUUCAUGUUCUAGUUAAACAUAACGAUAAGAGCCAGAGCUUUAACCUGGUUCCUGAUGGUAUCACAUUAUUCUACUGGUACAGGAUGGUACAGUGUGUUUACCUUGAGCUGAUCUUAUAGAGCGAUCACAGCAACAGACUUGUGUUUAAACAUGAUGAUGAUGAUGAUGAUGCCUUGUCUGAACUGCAGUUCUGAACGCAACAGACUUCAUCUCCGGAGCACCAGCACUGCCAUCUCUCUGUGGAAUAUGGAAGUUCCAUGUGACAGCGGGAUUAGUACCGUGAUAAAUUUUCAGCACAUGCUUUGUUCUGUUAGUCCGUGUUUAAACUACAGUACUGACCGGAUCCUAACACAUGGACUGUGAUUUGCCAAACUUUCUAUAAAUGGAGGCAUUUUAACCAACACACACACACACAGAGCUCGGUACGUAUUGUUGGACCCUUUUUGUUUCGUUUUUUUUUCGCAGCUAGGGUCAGGGGAGGGGAAAUCAACUCGCCACUGUUGAAAAGAAUAUAUAUAUAUUUUUAUACAAAUGUCUGUCUUGUAAAAAUAUAUUUUAAAUAAAGGCUUUAAAAAGUA